CGGGGGCGGAGCUGGGCCGGGGGGCGUGGCCCCAGUGAGGGCCCCGCCUCCUCCUCCUGCUCCUCGGCGCCGCGGCGGCGGCGUUGCAGCACCCGGGCGCUUACAGUUGCGCCCUUGACCGAGGCUUUCCAACUCUUCUGGCUGAGAGCCUGCCAUGUGGCAAUGUCACCCAGACUCCUCAGCGCCCUGGCUGGAUCUCACUGCAUUUUAGCCAGAGCCUGUCCGUGCCGGAGAUUGCUCCCUCGGGUGGCGGGGUCCCGGAAAGCGUUGGAGACCACAGCCUGCAGCAUCCCGACGAGAUGUCACAACUUGCAGCUGUUCUCUCCCAUCGCCACCGCGGCUGCCGGCUUGAGCACGUCACCGCAGGGCUGGGAAAGGACCCAGAAAGUCGGCCCGGGGAGGCCACUCUCGGCCCCGCAGGCCACGUGCUGCCAGGCUGAGCCUCUGCCUGGCUCCAGGUCUCUGGCCUCACCCAGGACCGGGGCAGCCCAGCCUGGUCUCCUGGUUCCUAAGUGGCUCACGGGAACGCCGAGGAGGCCCUACUCGGCUCCCUCCACAGAAACUCGGCUCCCAAAACUGGACUUGCCUCAAGUCAAGCGGCCGCUCAAGGCGUCGAGGACCAGGCAGCCGUCCAGGACCAACCUUCCGGCGCCGUCUGUGGACGAGGACAUGAUGCACUGCACGGCCUUCGCCACGGCAGACGAGUAUCACCUCGGGAACCUCGCUCAGGACCUGGCCUCCCACGGAUACGUGGAAGUGACGAGCCUGCCCAGAGACGCAGCAAAUAUUUUGGUGAUGGGCGUGGAGAAUUCUGCGAAAGAAGGUGACCCUGGAACAAUGUUCUUCUUCCGGGAAGGAGCCUCCGUCUUCUGGAACGUUAAAGACAAAACUAUGAAGCACGUGAUGCGAGUUCUAGAGAAGCACGAGAUCCAGCCCUAUGAGAUUGCAUUGGUCCACUGGGAAAAUGAAGAGCUUAACUACACAAAAACAGAGGGCCAGUCCAAGCUGCAGCGCGGUGAGAUCCGGCUGAACGCCGAGCUGGACCUGGACGAGGCCAUUCUGGAGAAGUUCGCUUUCUCCAACGCCCUCUGCCUCUCGGUGAAACUGGCCAUCUGGGAGGCGUCGCUGGACAAGUUCGUGGAAUCCAUCCAGUCCAUCCCCGAGUCUUUAAAGGCUGGGAAGAAAGUAAAACUGUCUCACGAAGAAGUUAUGCAGAAAAUCGGUGAACUCUUUGCCCUGAGACACCGGAUAAACUUGAGCUCCGACUUCCUGAUCACCCCUGAUUUCUACUGGGACAGAGAAAACCUGGAAGAACUUUAUGAUAAAACCUGCCAGUUCCUUAGCAUCAACCGCAGGGUGAAGGUUAUGAACGAGAAACUGCAGCACUGCAUGGAACUCACCGACCUGAUGCGCAACCACCUCAAUGAGAAGCGGGCACUGCGCCUGGAGUGGAUGAUCGUCAUCCUCAUCACCAUAGAGGUAAUGUUUGAGCUGGGGCGAGUAUUUUUUCAUAUCAAGUGAUCACCACAGGGAAGUGUUGCAAGAAAUUCAAGUUCUACAAUCAAAACAAAGUGUUCACUACUGGGGGGGGGGGUAAGGGGAGAGUCUCU